UCCACCAUGUUCGCGGGAGAGGACGCGGAGAACGAGGCCGGGCUGUCCGAGUACGAGCUCGAGCGCAUCGCGCGGAUCCGACGGAACAGAGAGAUCAUGAAGCAGCUCGGCCUCGCGGACCACGACAUCGUCUCCGCGGCGAGACAACGAUGCGGGCACGACGUCGACGGAGGAGGCGACGCGAAGAGAGCGUCUACUACAGGUAGGCCGAAAAAGAAGCGCGUCGCCGCCGGGGAGAACGGCGUCGUCGAGGGCGCGCGCCGCUCGAAGCGCAUCGCGUGCGAGGCGGCGUCGCACCCCGAGGGCGUGGACGGCGACGACGCCGACGAGCGCGCCCGCGGCCGCCGCGCCGCUCACGACGCGUACGCGCUCGACGGCGAUCACGAGGCGGAGGAGGAAGCCUUCCGCCUUCGCUGGGCGGGACGCCAGGCGCGCGUCUCCAUCGUCGGCACGGCGUCGUACCAGCACACGCUGAUGCGCGUGCGGACGAUGGACGAGGGCGGGCUGCGGCGGCGCGUGAAGGCGAUCGAGCGCGCGAAGGGGAAGCACGCGGUGGUGAAGAUGCGUUUGUUCGCGCGCGUGCUGUUUCUGGAGGGACACGACGCGCUCAGCGAGGACGCUGCGGCGUCGUUGUCGCGGUUGAUCGCCGAGCUCGGGGACCCGGAGGCGGAGGCGGAGGAGGAGGAGGAGGAUGGGGGCGGCGAGGGGAAGGAGAACGCGCCCGCGGCGGAGAAAGCGGCGGCGGCCGUCGAGGCGUGA